AUGGCCAAAGGCUGGGAGCAGGUUGUGGCAUGUUUGGCAGUGCUCAAAGCUGCUUGCGCCUAUGUGCCCUUGGAAAUCAGUGAUCCUCGCAGGGACCAGGUCUUGGAUCAAGCCCGUUGCUCCGUGGUGCUGAUCUCGAAUGACCGGCUUCAGAGUGAGUUGGAAAGCAAAGAGGUCAGCUGCUUACAGGUCACGAAAAGUUUGCUUGAGAGAGAAGAGGAAGGCUUGGAAGGCUUUCAACAACCGACGCCCUCGGACGCAGCGUACAUCAUCUUCACUUCCGGUUCCACAGGGGCGCCGAAGGGCGUGGUGAUUUCUCACGAGUCUGCUGCAAACACCUGCAUCAGUAUCAACACUCUUGUGCAUAUGAGCAAGGACGACAACGUUCUGGCUUUAUCGAAUCUAAACUUCGACUUGUCAGUCUAUGACAUUUUUGGUACAUUGGCAGCAGGGGCAAGUCUGGUGAUGUGCUGGCCAGAUCAACUGAGCAAUUAUAGAGACCUCCGGAAGAUCGUGCAGGAACAACAUGUGACGAUUUGGAACUCUGUGCCGCAACGCUUUCGGCUGCUCCUGCACGAGUGGAAUGAGAAGGACUACCUUCCCAUCCGGGUUGCAUUGAUCAGCGGCGACAGCAUCCACACGAGCUUCGCACGGAAGGCCGAAGCGGCCUGCGAGACGAUGAAUGUGCUGCAGUGCUUCCCUCAGACACGCUUCAUUGCCCUUGGCGGGGCGACAGAAGCCUCUAUUUGGAGCAAUUUCCAUGAGUUUCGAGAAGACUCGCCUGAUUUGCCGCUGGUGCCUUAUGGUAAGGCGCUUGAGAACCAAAGUAUAUACGUUUUGGACAGGCACAUGCGCGUUUGCCCACCACACGUAGUGGGGGAGAUUUACAUUGGAGGUCAGGGCCUUGCAAAGGAGUAUCUGAAUGACAAGGAGAAGACGGCCAAUUCGUUUCAGGACCAUCGUGCCUUGGGGCGACUCUACCGCACGGGGGACGAGGGCCAGUACCUUCCGAACAGAGAGAUCCGGAUUUUGGGCCGGAAGGACGACCAAGUGAAGGUGAAUGGCUUUCGCGUGGAGCUGGUGGAGAUUGAGCGGAAAGCAGAGGAGAAGUUGAGCGAGAAUGGAGAGCGUGCCUUUGUGGCCGCCAAGAGAGAGGGCUUAGGUGUAGAGCUGAGAGGCUUUCUAUACUUGAAGCAGGCAGAUGAGCAGAAGCAGACCACAAGAGAUGUGGUCAAACAGUAUGUUGAAGAUUCUUUACCCAGGCACAUGUGGCCGACCACUUGGACCUUCAUAGCAGAGAUUCCGAUGAGUGGGAAUGGUAAGGUUCUGAGAGAGAAACUGCUUCGCAUCAACGGUGCCAAGGAUCUGCCAGGUCAUUCCACCUCGCGGAUUCUGAAGCCUGGCAUUCCUACUGCCUCAGAGGACAUACUUCUGGAAGUGGCGAAGAAUGUGUUGAAAGUUGAUCUGAGACUGCGCGACAACUUGGUUGAACACGGAAUGAAUUCAAUCCGAAUGCUGAUCUUCCAACGCAAGGUUAGAACCAAGUUGAAAGUGCAGAUACCAUCGCAUGCGGUUUUUGACCAUCCAACCAUUGCACAGAUGGCGAAACAUUUUUUUGGAGAGUCCACCGAUGCUCCCAGCUUGAGCUCGAGAGAGACUGAAGAGCUAACUCAGCCAGGGUCCUCUGAGCCUCUAGCUGUCAGCGCGGUUGCAUCUCGCCUGCCAUGCAGACUGGAUCAGCUUGCGAACGGUGUCAAUUGUGUCGCACGCAUUCCGUUGACCCGCUUUGACGUGGAGGAAUAUGGAGCAGAUGAGCCGGCGAUGGGGACUUAUGCGAAACAUGGAGCCUUUGUGUCUGCAGUGGAACGCUUUGAUCACAAGUUCUUCAACAUUGCCUGGGAUGAAGCUUCGUCCAUGGAUCCGCAGCAGCGGCUGGCUUUGGAAGCAGGCGCCCAUGCCCUAUGGAAAGCAGGCAGUGAUCGACAGUCCUCUGAUAUCGGAGUCUAUGUUGGUCAGAUGAACUACGACCGCAUGGUCGCUACUGAAGCCCCAGCUCCAUAUGGAAGCACUGGGGUCGCGCCCUCCAUCACAGCCAACCGAAUCAGUUUUGUCCAUGAUCUAAGGGGCCCGAGCCUUGUUGUAGACACAGCGUGUUCAGCAAGCCUCGUUGCAGUUGAUGUGGCGCGGCAAAGAGGAGGAGAAGCCUUGGUGUUGGGAGUUCACGUUCUGCUCACGCCAGACAUGUACCUUCAUGCGUGCAAGGUUCGAAUGUUGUCGCCGUCCGGCCGCUGUGCCACCUUUGAUGAAAGUGCCGAUGGCUUCGUUCGUGGAGAAGGAGUGGCAGCUCUUUUCCUGUCGCGACGACCGCUGCCAAAACCAUGCCUACUGGGCACAAGCUCCAAUCAGAAUGGCGCCAGUGCUGGUUUGACGAAGCCUCGUUGUGAAGCGCAAAAGGCUUUGAUAGACAAAGGCUUGGGUGCUGCUAAAGUGAAAGGAUGCCACGUUCUUGUCCAUGAACUUCAUGGUACUGGGACGCCGUUGGGAGAUCCUCUAGAGUUGGAAGCGAUCCGCGCACGAUUUGGUGAGUCCAUCGUUCUGCAGGCUUUGAAGACCAACGUUGGGCAUUUGGAGGGCUCUGCAGGCAUAGCAGGUCUGCUGAAACAAGUUGCGCUGUGUGGGCAAGUCGGGCACAUUGCAACUCCAAAUCUGCAUUUGCGCCAGCUCAACCCAGAGGUUCGGCUUGCAAAAGACGCAAAGCCAGUUUUAGAGAGCAUGCCCUAUGUCUCCCCUUCCAUCUCAACGAACUGCGCUGCUGGUGAGAGCAAGCGCAUCUUUAGCGUGUCUUCCUUUGGGUUUGGUGGCAGCAAUGCCUUUGCCCUCGUGCAAGCGGCGCAAAGCGACGCGAGAGUCGAAAUGUUUUCCAAUGUUUCCAAGACUCUGGUUGACAGCAGGGCAUUUUUCCCGGCACCAUCCGCACCGCUUCCGCGCGAAUGUUUGCUUCAGCGUGCUGAAUGGAUGACAUUGCAGGGGGUGCGGCCACCGCUGGACUUUCAGGACAAUUUCCAAGCCGAUGGCGUGCAGAUUCUCACACUGCCGGACGCUUGCUUGCCUCCUUUGUAG